AUGGAGCUGUUGCAUACUUCAGGUGGGAGACCGAGCAAGGCAUCCUGGUCCGGCUUGUUGAGUCCAAAGCCAAGCUCACACCACUUGACCAAAAGGGGAGAACCAGUGAAGGCUGAGGUCUGUGGUGCUGUGUUCGCUGCAAGACUCAGGAAAUACAUUGGAAAAGCACAGUCGGAUGCAAAGUGGGGAGAGAUCCAGAAGUCCACAUCAGUUGAAGACUGGAGAUGGAUUCCAGGUGAGCAAAACAUUGCUGACCUCACAACAAGAGGAGCAACCCCAGAAGACCUCAAAGAGAACUCUGUGUGGCAAAAUGGCCCAGAGUUUCUGAAACGACCAGUGGAGGAGUGGCCGACAAAGUCAGCCAAAGAUGUCGCUGCAGAUGCCAAAGAAGGUAUAAACAAGCUCCAAAGGAAAUGUUUUACAGCGGCACUGACCCGAGCACAGGUGGAAAAAAACCAACAUGCUCCACCUGCCACUGCAAUGCCAAUGUCUCCAACCUCUGACCAAUACAAGGACCUGCAAAGCAGCCCUAGCGGAAAAGGGCACCAAAUCCAAGUCCGGAGGCCACCUUCUGGUUCUUCAGUGAGGAAAAUCCUUAACAUCAGUAAGUUCAGCAGUUUAACCAGGUUGAUGAGAGUCAUUGCCUGGGUGUGGAGAGCUGCCACAAAGUGGAAAGAAAUGCUGGGCAAAACCUCAACCACAAGCAAGCCAAAGAGGAAGGAGAUUCCUUCAGCUCUUGAGAUCAAGUCCAGAGUCAAGGGAGCUACACUUACCAUCAUGGAGUGUGAAGAUGCACUCAGGGAUCUCUUACUUGCAGCUCAAAAGGAGGUAACCUUGCCAGACACCACACUCAGCAGGCUUGCUGUGGUCAAAGAGGAAAGCACUGGACUUUUGCUCUGUGGAGGAAGAUUCCAAAUCUUUAAUGAAGAAAAAACUGCAGUACCAAUCUUGCCCUGCACAUCCUGGGUAUCCACUCUUCUAGCUCAAGAAGCCCACAAGGCAAAUCAUGAAGAAAUCGCAGGCACACUCCUCCGGAUGAGAAGGAAAGCAUGGGUGGUAAGAGGCCGGAAAUUAGCUCAGAAGAUUGUUGAUAAUUGUGUGACAUGCAGGAGACUUAGGGCCCGAAGAUGCCAACAGAUCAUGAGUGACCUUCCAUCGGAGCGAAUAACACCAGCCAAUCCAUUUGAGUACACGACAGUGGACUUAUUUGGACCUUACGAAGUGAAGGAUCAGGUGAGAAAGAAGGUGAAACUCAAAGUGUGGGGAAUUGUCUUCUGUUGCAUGGCGUCCAGAGCUAUGCACACAGACCUUGUCAGUGACCAGUCAGCUGAAGGCUUCCUGUUAGCCUACCAAAGAUUUACGGCACUGAGAGGACAUCCGAGGAAAUUGUGGUCGGAUCCUGGAAAGAACUUUGUCGGAGCCAGACCUGCCCUCAAAGAGCUCUACAUGUUUUUGGACCGACUGGAGAAAUCAAAGCUUGAAUAUGAAGUCUCCAAGCAUGGCACAGAAUGGAACUGGAGGAUCCAUCCAGCAGACUCACCUCACAGGAACGGAGUUGCUGAAGCUGCUGUCCGGACUGUGAAGCGGGCUUUGCACAAUCUGGGGGGUAAUGGAGUCUUCACAUGGGGUGAGUUUCAGACUUUCCUUUAUAUGGCUUCCAACCUCGCCAAUGAACGACCUAUUGAUGCCAGGACUCAGAGCCGGGAGGACUGUGUAGAAUACAUUAGCCCAAAUUCACUUCUGCUUGGAAGAACUGGACCCAGAGGAGAUCCAGGGACCUUUGACUUUGAAGAGAUUAAGAACCAUCCAAGCAGAAGUUGACCGGUUCUGGAGGAAAUGGAGCCAGUUAGCCGGACCAAACCUGUUUGUCCGGACUAAGUGGCACACAGCUCACAGGAAUGUGGCAAUUGGAGAUGUCAUCUGGCUGGCUGACCAGAAUGCCUUGAGAGGUCAGUUCAGGCUUGCCAGAGUUAUUGACGUCAAUACUGACAGAAAGGGAAUUGUGAGGGAUGUAUAUCUCCGAUCCUUCCCCAGCUACCCAGUCGCAACUGUGAAGCCCACUAAAAAGAUGAAAAAAACACUCAACCAAGAUACCUGCAACAGUUCUUCACAGGGAUGUCAGACGAAUAGUUGUCCUGCUUCCAGUUGAAGAGCAGCAGCAGCAACAGGAUCAAAAAAUAGAGUAACUAAAUCCAAAAUAUCACAGUACUGGUGUGACCUCCUUGGGUUGAAGAACCAGGAGGUCAAGUGGGGAGGUGUUGUGUCAAUUCAUGGUUACAAGUUGUACUGAGCACUCCAGCCUAGAUUCACCCAGGAUACUCAGAGCACUCCCAAACUGCAGGGGGCAACCAUACAACAGGAGGUGGAACCAACUUCUCGGAAGUGCUCUGGGGACCAUAUUUACCGGCGCACCCACAGGGAGUGCAUGGCAUUGAAAUGUUUGGUAAGAGCUCAGUUGGCCCUCUCACCCGUUCCUGGAAAAAGAUACUCUAACCACAGCUCCUGAUCAUCCAAAGACGCAACUGGUUAUCAACCUAUUCUGUUCCAUCCCAAUCUAUCAAACCAUCUUUAAGAAAAUAAAAGAAAAGAAAGUGAACAGUUUUGGGUUGUCCUUUGCGUUCAUCAGAGAUAAAGCAGUUUUCAAGUUUGGGCAGAGCUGUGGUCAGUCAGCAAAACACACAGAACUUCUCUCUCUUUCUCUCUCUCUCUCUCUCUCUCUA